AUGUCUAUCAUCGGUGCCCUCUCCAGCCUCAGCCUCACUUCCUGGCUCGCCCUCAUCGCGUCUCUCGUCGUACUCAUUCAUGUAGUGCCUUGGCUGCUCGAUCCGCAUGGCAUCCGCUCCUAUCCAGGUCCAUUCGUCGCCAAGUUCUCAGAUGUGUGGUUGGGCUGGGUAGCACCGGCAGGCCAUCGCUCAGAGGUUGUGCACGAUUUGCAUCGCAAGCAUGGCACAUUUGUACGAAUCGCCCCCAACCACCUCUCCAUCUCAGACCCGGCAGCAAUUCAGGAGGUUUAUGCGCACGGGAACGGCUCCCUCAAAUCUAAUUUUUACGACGCGUUCGUGUCCAUCCAACGCGGGCUUUUCAACACGCGCUCGCGGGUUGAUCACGCGCGCAAGCGCAAGAUCGUCGCGAACAUCUUCUCGCAUAAGAGCGUGCUCGAGUUCGAGCCCCAUGUGCGCUUGCACGUCGCCACUCUCUGCAAUCAGUGGGAUCGCCUGUACGACCUCGGCGCGAAGGGUUUGUCGGGUACUGAAGGCGAGGGCGGCUGGAGAGGACGCGAUGGACGCGUCUGGCUAGACUGUCUCCCGUGGUACAACUACCUCGCCUUCGACAUCAUUGGCGACCUGGCUUUCGGCGCGCCAUUCGACAUGCUCCACACCUGCGCCGAUUCUGCACCUGUUGCAGUGCACCACAAAGCCGCGAUAGACGGGUACGGCGACAUGUCAAAAUGCCAAAGCGUGCACUUCCCCGCUGUGCAAGUGUUGAACGAUCGUGGCGAGUACUCUGCGUCGAUGGGAGUGCUCCCUCCCCACUGGCGCCCGAUCGCGAAGCGUCUCAUACCCUGGUACAGCCGCGGAAAUCAGGCUGUGCAACGUUUGGCUGGUAUUGCUGUCGCGGCCGUUGCCAGGCGCAUGACGGCGCCGUCGGACCGCACGGACUUGCUCGGAAAGCUGCAGGAGGGCAAGGACGACGAGGGAAACCCGAUGGGAGGGGGAGAGCUUACCGCUGAAGCGCUCACGCAGCUCAUCGCUGGCUCCGACACGACGUCCAAUUCAUCAUGCGCCAUCACGUACCACCUCGCACACAAUCCCGAAGUGCAGCGCAAGCUGCAACGCGAGCUGGACGAGGCGCUCGGCACGGACGAUGACCCUGUCGCAACGUACGAGCAGGUGAAGCGCCUCACGUAUCUCGAGGACGUCAUCAACGAGGCGCUGCGCGUGCACUCCACCUCGGGCAUCGGGCUCCCGCGCGUCGUUCCCGCGGGUGGGCUCACCGCCUGCGGGCGGUUCUUCCCUGAAGGCACCAUCCUGUCGGUGCCGACAUAUACCGUGCAUCGCGAUGUGCAGGCGUGGGGUGCGGAUUCGGACGUGUUCCGCCCGGAGCGAUGGCAGGAAGGAGAUAAGGCGAUGAUGCAGGGGGCCUUUAACCCGUUCUCAUUCGGCCCUCGGAGCUGCGUUGGCCGCAAUCUGGCAAGCAUGGAGCUGCUCGUUAUUGUUGCGUCCAUCCUUCGCCGGUUCGAGUUCGUCCUGGAGGAGCCUGAAAAGCCUCUUCAGACUCGAGAGGGUUUCUUGCGGAAGCCUCUGGGAUGCAAGGUCGGUAUCAAGCGGAGGGAUCUGUAG